ACUCACGUCUGUCAGUUGCCUUUUUACUUCUAUGAUCGAAUGUUAUUGCGAAGCAAUUUUGAUUUGACCAACUUGCUUUUGGUUUUGAAAUUCUAAUUCGAAACCGGAGUCAACUUCAAGUAUAAAAAUUAUUUCGUUCUAUUUAACGAGAUAUUUAUGUAGACCAGUAUAAACCAUCGAUUCCGACCUAUUUUUUAUUCGUGAUUUCAAUCACUUGGUAAAAGAAAGUGCCGUCGUUAUAAAGGUGUACAAAGGAAUUCAAGUUCUUAUAGCAUCUUACAAUCACGAAAAUAUGAGUGACAACGCCAAAGAAACGAAAAAUGAAGUUGAAAGUCAGGAAUUAAACGAUUUACUCGACAGUGCUUUAGCGGAUUUUGAUAAACUCCCGGUGCCAAAUAUGGAACAUGAUAAUGCUGCAACCACGUCAGAUUUACAGAAGCAAACAGAUAAAUGUGAAACGUCAGAGAAAAGUGACAAAGACUGGACAGAGGACUUUUUUAAACAAACAAUAGAUCAAAUGGAUAAGAACUUGCAGAACUUUGCAGAAACUCUGAAAAAUGGUGAUGAUGAAUUGAAUGAACUUAAAUCUGUUCUUCAAAAACUUGAGCAAGCGUCAGUUGGCAAUACAACGGAUGGGGAAGACAAUAUCAGCGCAGAAUUUGAGUCAGCUAUCUCACAAGUUUUAAAGUCUCUGUCAGUGCCAAGUGAAAAUUUACAGGGUGAUGCUGAUUGCUUAGCAGCUAUGCUUGGCCAAACAUCUCUCGAUAGCGAAGGUGGUGAUGUGUUGUCUUUUGUGCAAGGAAUGAUGCAACAGCUUUUGUCGAAAGAAAUACUUUAUCCAACAUUAAAGGAAGUGUUGGAGAAGUAUCCCGCUUGGUUGCAGGAACACAGAGCAACUUUGAGCCCUUCAGAUCUACAAAAUUAUACCAAACAAUUUGAAUUGUUACAAAAGGUAUGCUCUGAGUUGGAAAAAGAAAAAGAAGACGACGCAAAGGAUGUUAAACAACAUCGUUUUGAGACCGUAAUGUCGCUUAUGCAAGAAAUGGAAAAGUUUGGUCGUUUACCGCCCGAACUAGCGUCAACUGUCGUUCCAGAUUCCAAAGGUAAUUUCCUAGAUGAGAUCAGUUCUGUAUUAUGCGGAAAUGUAUAAUCCUAUGUAAAUGUGAUCGUUACCGGAGAGUUUUCUUGUUUUAAUGAUUGUUAUAAUUCUUCCCUCGGUGAGAAGAUGCCAGAUUAUUUCGGUUAUUAUUUCCUGAUGAGUUAGGCACCUAUAUUUUGGUUUUUACAAAACAUACUGUAUAUGAUAUAUUAUUAAUCAGCAUUAUCGAACUGUUCUCUCCCGAAUAAAGAAGAGUUUCUCCAACGAGUUCGGUUGAACGUGAUCUUAAUUAAUUUCGACAAAAAAUUUCCCAGUUAAAACAAAACUUCAGUUUAGCAAAUAUCAUUCUCUUUAAGACACAAUUUACGAAAUUAAAGAUUUCCUGUAAUAUAGCUAUACAUCAAUCUUUUGUAAAGGUUCGUUGUAAAGGUUGCUUACUUGUUUCGAUAUAGGUAAUGGUUAUAGGUGACACAUGAUUAUAAACAUAUGUAAUUAGUUGGAAAUGCUUUAUAAUGUAAUCACAUAUACGCGUCUUGGAAUAUUAUAAUAAAAUAAUAUACUUACAAAAUU